GUAUUGACACUGUACUAAUGGCACUGGACAGGAGGGGUUAACAUGAGGGGUGAUCAAGGCAAGGAUUUUUUUUUUUUUCUUUUUCACACUUUGCAUUGCAGAUGCAACAAAGGUCACUGUACCUGCAAUCCACUGCUUGCUUUGAACUGUCAUGAAUGGGUAGGUCCAGGGGCAGACUGACCAUUUGGAAACUCAGGCACUGCCCGAGGGCCCGGGGUCAGUUGGGGGCCCCAUGAGAUGCCCCUGGUACCUUUUUCAUAGGCUUUUUUGAGUUUGGGCAAAGACACAGGGGCCCGAAGAUCCCCUAUUGCCUGGGGGCCCCAUGA